AUGGAAGGAAGCAAUCAAGCUGCUCCAGUUGACAUUGAAAAUCCAUUAGAAACUUCCAUGAGAAGGGAAUUGGAUAGCUUAUCUCCUCUAUCCUCUUCGUGUUGUAUUUACAAAGUUCCUAAGCGACUACGAUGUGUAAAUGAAAAGGCAUACACACCUCAGGUAAUCUCUAUAGGUCCACUCCACCAUGGCAAGAAAGCCUUAAAAGCCAUGGAAGAGCACAAAAAAAGGUACCUACAAGAUUUUCUACGUCGGACAGCUGCAAGCUUGACGGAAUUUACAAAGAUCACAAGGGAUAAAGAAGAACAAUUAAGAAGUUGUUAUUCAGAAACCAUUAAGUUCAGCAGUGACAAAUUUGUAAGAAUCAUUCUAGUGGAUGCCGCCUUCAUCAUUGAGCUCUUGUUGAGAGCUUGUGGUCAUGUAGCAUCGGGACAUAAAGAUGACCGCAUAUUUAACAAACCAAGGAUGCUUCGAGAUCUAUUGCCUGACUUGCAAUUGCUUGAAAAUCAACUGCCAUUUUUCAUUCUUGAGGAUCUUUUUGACCCUAAUAAAAUUACAGUUUCUUCUAAGAGAGAGAAGCCUUCAAUGAUUAAUCUCUCUUGCGAAUUCUUGACAAAUAAUAUAACGGGUUUAGAGGGGAAAGAAGACAGUUGGCAGAGAAUUUCUUCUUCUGGUAGAAAUCUUGAAGUUGAACAUGUUGACGCAGAAAAAUGCAAACACACGGUAAAUCCUAGGGCACCGGUGUGGUACCGGCCGAAGGCUCUCCGAUGCUUAAGCCUUGGGAGGCGUGCAAUUUGUUUAGAGUUUCGAUGUGGGACUCUGGGCGUCAAUCGUGGGACUGCCACGUGUCAGAGUGGGCGAGGUUGCCCUCAUGUUGCGAUCGGUAGGAUUUGUACCGAAGAACAUUUUCUUGAUUUUAUAAGAACUUUACAUCUUAUAGAAGAAUCAGAUCAAAGCAAUGAAGGGCCAAGCACUACACUCUGCAUUACGAAACUUAUAAGAACUUUACAUCUUCCAAUAUUGGAGGAAUCAGAUCAAAGCAAUGAAGGGCCAAGCACUACACCCUGCAUUACGAAACUACACCGGGCUGGGGUCAAGUUUAAGUUGAGAUCAAGCAGAAACUUAUUCGAUAUAAAAUUCAAGGAUGGGAUUCUAGAAGUUCCAAAACUAAACAUAGACGAUAACACGGAGCUCACACUCCGAAACCUCAUUGCCUUUGAACAGUGCCAUUGCCAUGACAAUUACAUAAGUGAUUAUGUUUCACUCAUGGAUAACUUUGUGAACACCGAAAAGGAUGUGGAGUACCUUCUGAAGUAUAAGAUUGUCGAACAUAUGCUUGGUGAUGACAAUGAGGUGUGCACUCUGAUUAACAAACUCGGAAGAGGAGUUGCUUUGCAUCCUAAACGCUACCACUUUGCUACUCGUUCUGAGCGCCUCAAUGGCUACUGCAGAAAGCCUUGGCACAAACGGAAGGCAAAUUUGAGGCAAAAUUAUUUCAAUACGCCUUGGGCAACUAUUUCUGUCAUUGCAGCUGUUUUUCUCCUAAUACUGACUUGCAUUCAAGCAGUGUGCUCUAUUAUUUCUGUUAUGCCUUCUAAGAACCAGAAGUAUUAG